AUGCCCCGUGACCUUCCCACCUUUUCUGGCAGUCCAGCCGACUGGCCAGUAUUUAUUAGCAAUUUUAUGACCUCUACAUUGACCUGCGGCUACAGUCCCGCCGAAAACUUAAUUAGACUCCAAAGUUCUCUGAAGGGCGCUGCCCUUGAAUCAGUUCGCAGUCGUCUUCUUCUCCCCGCGUCGGUCCCCCAGAUCAUAGAAACACUUUGCAUAUUAUACGGUCGUCCGGAGCUGUUGAUAAAUGCGCUCAUCGAUAAAGUUCACUCCGUCCCCGCGCCGAAAGCAGAGAAGCUUGAAUCUCUCAUCGACUUCGGGAUGGCAGUGCAGACGCUUUGCGAUCAUCUUGAAGCAGCAAAUCAACAAGCUCAUCUGUCAAACCCAUCGUUAAUGAUCGAGUUAGUGGACAAAUUGCCAGUGCACAUUAAAAUGGAGUGGGUAAAGUUUAUGGAAGGAAAAGAAGAAGUGAAUUUAAAAGUGUUUGGUGAAUUCAUGCGAGGACUCGUGACGUCUGCAAGUCGGGUUACUCUAUACUGGAGCGGCGAGCAAAUGUGA